AUGAAACUACAGAAACCCCAAAUGUUCCAAGGCAAACCAAUACUCCUCCUCCCCCAAAAACGGUUUCAACCAAUCAAAGUGGAAAAUCUUUUGCCCAAGGCAUUAAAAGGGGUUUGCGAUAUCCCUCUCUCUCAACUACCGAAUCCGGUCAUCAAAGGGGACAGACCCUCAAUCACAAUCCCAGAAGAAGAAUAUGAAGCAGGUAUUGCUGAAUGUAAAAAUAACCUUCAUGGCAGAGUUCUGUGGCCUAAGGGCUCUUCUCCGCUGACGGUAGCUGCGCUUAAGGAAAAACUAUCUAAAUCUUGGUCUGAGGUCAAGAACUGGGGAAUGUUAUCUUUGGGAAAAGGAUAUUAUGAGUUCACUUUUGCCAACACAGAGGAUAUGCAAAAGGUUAGAGCAUGUGGUUCCAUAAGUCUAAACCCGGGCUCCUUGAAACUUUUUGCGUGGACAAAAGACUUUAACCCGGCUCUCCAAUGUAAUACAUCUGCACAGGUUUGGAUUCGCUUAUUUGGAUUAUCUCAGGAAUAUUGGAGACCUCGUAUUGUGUUUGCUAUAGCCAGUUGUGUAGGUACUCCUAUUUGCAUUGAUGCUGCAUCUUCCAAGUCAAGAAUUGAUCGCACCUUUGGGCAAUAUGUAAGGGUCCUGGUUGAUAUGGAUUUAACCAAACCUCUGAAUCACAAUGUGCUUGUAGAAAGAUCAGGAUUUGCAUUCUUUGCCGACAUAGAAUACGAAAACUUACCUCCUUUCUGUGAUAAUUGCAAGAGGUUGGGGCAUGUUAAACAAGAUUGCAAAUUACUUCAGAAUCAUCAAGCUCCUGCAGUUCCUCGAACCAAAUCAGUUUUUAUACAAAAGCAAAACAAUAAACCUGCUGAAACUGUGACAGAUACUCAUGCUUCUUUGGAAAGAGUGAUUCAGCCGACAGUUGAAAAUCAGAUACCUGAAGAUCCCAUCAUUGUCCCUAAUCCGCUUAAUUUUAUCUCUCAGCCUCCGGAUGAUUCUGAAACUCAAACUACAGAAGGUGUGGAUGCUACUCUAGUCAAGGAGACUCCUAUGAAUAAUUUUCUCCAUAAUUCCUGGGCGGAUCAAGCUGAUCUAGAUGAAGAACAGGUGGAUAAGGAUGGGGCUUUUACUAAUGCAGUCUCUAUCCUCAAAAAGAAACAAGCUGCUAGGAACAAAGCAAAGCGUGACUUGAGGUCUCAAGCAGAGCCUGUCCUUUGUUUACCAUGA